GAAUUAGUUUAUCGUUUUGUAUAUUAUUUAUCAUGGGAAUAUUUCAAAAACUAGUGUCUUUCUUAGGCAUUAAUAAAAAAGAAGUUAAUAUUUUAGUGGUAGGCCUAAAUAACAGUGGCAAAUCGACAAUUGUUAAUCAUUUCAAAGACGGAGAAAACAAAACUCAUGAAAUAGUACCGACUGUCGGAUUUCAUAUAGAAAAAUUUGAAAAUAAAAAUCUUUCGUUUACGGCUUUCGACAUGUCCGGCCACGGGAGGUAUAGGGACCUUUGGGAACAUUAUUACGAAGACUGUCACGGAAUUAUUUUCGUCAUCGAUAGCACCGAUACCUUUCGUUUGAUAGUGGUAAAGGACGAAUUGGACACGUUAUUACAACAUCCUCACAUAAGAAAUAAAAAAAUCCCACUUUUGUUUUUCGCAAACAAAAUUGAUUGUCCGAAUGCCUUAAGUAGCGUUAAAAUCGCUGCUUCGUUAGGACUAGAAAGGAUUAUGGACAAACCGUGGCAUAUAUCCUGCAGUAACGCAAUUACAGGACACGGACUGCACGAGGGAGUCGAGUGGUUGACGCAGGAAGUUAGACAAAUUGUUGCGACAAAAAAAUAUUAAAAAUUCACUUAAUUGUAAAAUCUUUUUUUUUUUUUAAUAUAUCUGACAUUUAUAUCUGUUCCUGUUUCAUGUAAUUCAAAUUG